GCUGGCGGCGGUGCAGCUUAAAGCAGCGGCCGGUGUCACCGGCGGCGGCAGCGUGUGUUUCCUGUCAUACAGAGCGGUGUGUAAGGAGACACCACCAUGGAUAUCCGACCAAACCACACCAUCUACAUCAACAACAUCAAUGAUAAAGUCAAAAAAGAAGAGAUGAAGCGUUCGCUCUACGCGCUCUUCUCUCAGUUCGGUCAGAUAAUCGACAUCGUGGCCAUGAAGACCAUGAAGAUGAGAGGACAGGCCUUUGUCGUCUUCAAAGAGCUCGCCGCCGCCACCAACGCUCUGAGGCAGCUGCAGGGCUUCCCCUUCUACAACAAGCCCAUGAGGAUACAGUACGCAAAGACAGACUCCGAGGUCAUCGCCAAGGUGAAAGGCACGUACGGCGACAAAGAGAAGAAGAAGGACAAGAAGAAGAAAGCUCAGGAGCCGGCGGUCAGCAUGAUGAAGAAACCGGCAGCGGCGGCAGCAGCACCUGUGCAUCCCUCCGCCGUCCAGGUAAGACUCACCUUUGACCUAAUCAGCCUGCUCUUUCUUAAAGAAGUAAACUGGGCUUGUGUUUUAAUACACAGGGUUCCCGGGGUCAUUGAGUUCCUUGAAAAGUUCUGAAAUUAUAAAUCAAAU